UGGCUCCUCCCCAGGCCGCGGCCGGUGAAGGGCGGAGCGGAGGCGCCGCCGCCGCCGCGCACAGCAGCCGAGCCCGGAGCCGAGCGGCGGCGUCCCUUGCAGGGAGCCUGGAAAAAACUUCAGUAGUGCUGUUAACACUGAUGAGAGAUCUUUUAUGCCAAGAUCGUCGGUAUCUGAACAGACCACACCAUGCGUGAGUACAAGCUAGUGGUCCUUGGUUCAGGAGGUGUGGGGAAGUCCGCCUUGACUGUACAGUUCGUUCAGGGAAUUUUUGUUGAAAAAUAUGACCCAACAAUAGAAGAUUCAUACAGAAAGCAAGUGGAAGUAGACUGUCAACAGUGUAUGCUUGAAAUCCUCGAUACAGCAGGGACAGAGCAAUUUACAGCAAUGAGGGAUCUCUAUAUGAAGAAUGGUCAAGGGUUUGCACUAGUAUAUUCAAUAACAGCACAGUCCACGUUUAACGACUUACAGGACCUGCGGGAACAGAUUUUACGGGUUAAGGACACUGAAGAUGUUCCAAUGAUUCUGGUUGGCAAUAAAUGUGACCUGGAGGAAGAACGCGUAGUCGGCAAAGAACAGGGUCAAAACUUAGCGAGACAGUGGUGUAACUGUGCCUUUCUAGAAUCGUCUGCAAAGUCUAAAAUCAAUGUUAAUGAGAUCUUUUAUGACCUGGUCAGACAGAUAAAUAGGAAAACACCAGUGGAAAAGAAGAAGCCUAAAAAGAAAUCAUGUCUGCUGCUUUAGGCUCCCAUCGUGCAGCAGCUCUGAGCCAGAUUGCAGGAAUGAAGAACUGUUGCCUAAAUGGAAAGUGCCAGCAUUCCCGACGUCAAAACCUUAUGGAAAUUAGCAACAUAUCUGAAGAAGCUUCUCCUGUUUUUAUAUACCAUGAGAAGAAUUUAGAUCUUAAAAUGGUUUGCACACAGUCCCUGGAAAAACAAAUUGCUCUGUGUAUAUCUCUUGGAAAUUUAAGACAAUAGUAUUUCUCCUUUGCAAUAGCAGUUAACAGAUGUGAAAAUAAAUAUAAUUGACUCUAGUGUAUGAUUAUACAAAGGAGCAUGGAUGCAUUUCAAAUGUUAGAUAUUGCUACUAUAAUUAAAAUUUCAUAUUGACCCUUUUACCAUAAUUUCUCCCCAUCAAGCACUAAAAAUGUUCCACCAUUAUAUAUUAUAUCUAUAACUAUAGAUAUAUAUUACCUAAAAUUUCCCUUUGAACUCACAGCAGCAAAUAACUUUUUGAGUCGUUGACUUCAUUUUAUAUUUAAAGGUUACAGAAUAUCAUUAUUUUCAUUCUGCCAUUAUAUUCUAAUUAAAAAUGUUUGUGCAUAAUGCUUUGGAAAAAUGGGUCUUUUAUAGGAAAAAACUGGGAUAACUGAUUUCUAUGGCUUUAAAAGCAAAAAUAUAUAAUAUACUAAACCAACUCUAAUAUUGCUUCUUGUGUUUUACUGUCACAGAUUAAAUUACAGCUUUUAUGAAUGAUUAAAUUUUAGUACAUUUUCA